AUGGCGUAUCUGGCCCCGAUACACAGAGCAUCUAGCAUACGUCAUGCCAUCAAAUGUCAUUUUAUCCACGCAGAUAAGGAAUCUUUAGUAAUCGCGAAGUCCAAUCGUAUCGAGGUUUACGACCUCAUCCCUGAAGGGCUUGAACAGGUCGCCCACUUUGCGGUCUACGGCCGUGUUACUGGACUCCUCUCCCUUCGUCCUCAGCAAUCUACCCUUGAUCACUUGUUUCUUGGAACCGAUAGAUACGAAUACUUUACGGUGUCCUGGGACUCCCAAACUGGCACUAUUCGGAAUGAGAGGAAAGCACAUGAUGUUACAGAUAGGUUCCAGCGGCCUGCCCAGGUCGGCCACCUCUAUUUGGCGGACCCCGGAGGCAGACUUCUAGGCCUUUACCUUUAUGAGGGUAUAUUCACGGCUAUUCCAAUCAAAAGACAAUCUAAGGGUAGAGGGAGGCACGCACAACUCCCGGAAGCGGAGAUUGGGAAUUUAGACGAUCCGUGCCCUAUCCGUAUGAACGAGCUCAAAGUCAUCAACAUGGUAUUUCUUUACGGGACCAGUGUACCGGUUAUUGCGGUUCUGUAUACGGAUUCAAAAAAACUUGUUCACCUCAUCACAUAUGAGCUGAAUGUCGCGAAACGAGCUGUAAAGGACCCAGAGUUCGCACAAUGGGGUAUUAAAGCCAACAACUUAGACCAUGGCGCUAAGCUCCUAAUUCCGGUUGAUAAUCCUACAGGGGGCAUACUUGUAAUCGGGGAGCAGGUGGUCUCGUACUUCCAUCCGGAAAGGACGGUACCUAUGAAAAAGCCUCUGCACGAACCGACAAGUUUUGUCACCCACGGAAAAAUUGACCCAGAGAGAUACCUCCUUAGCGACGAACUCGGUCACUUAUAUCUUCUCCUCCUCAUUAUCGAAAAUAACAAAUUAAUUAAUAUGAGGAUUGAAAACCUCGGUGAAGUAUGUCAAGCCCGGGCAAUUGUGUACCUAGAUAAUGGAUAUGUAUUCCUAGGGUCACACUUCGGAGAUUCUACGUUGGUCAGGAUAUCAUCAAAGGGCCCAAGAAUUGAAGUAGUACAAUCACUUCCCAACUUAGCCCCAAUAUCCGAUUUUAUCGUCCUAGGAACCGAAGUUGGCGGUGUAGAAAUACACCAGUACUCCGCUGGUCAGACGAUGAUACUCACUUGCAGCGGUGGAUUUUAUGACGGUGGUCUCCGGAGUGUAAGAAGUGGUGUUGGUAUCCGAGAUAUCGGGCUACUGGGGGAAAUGAGUGGUGUUCAAAAUAUGUGGGCUCUCAAACGGGCAAUCCUAGACAAUGGUUUCGAUGAUACGCUCCUUUUCUCAUUUGCUAAUGAAAGUCGAGCCUUCGCCUUCGGGGCCGAUGGGGAGGUAGAAGAGGUUGACACGUUCGAGAAUUUCUUUCUAGAUACUACGACACUCGAGGCCGGAAAUGUGGGAAAUGAUAAACUAGUCCAAGUUACUCCAUUCAAGGUAAUUGUUGUUGAGAAGGCAACUAGCAAGUUAUGGAACUGGGCUCCACCGGUUGGUGCCAAAAUAGUGAUGGCAUCUCUCUCUGGUGCCCGACUUGUAGUUGUUUUGAACGGCCGGAUCUGCUUGUUAUUCGAUCUGUCGAGCGAACCUAUCAAGCAAAUCGCAAAUCGCACUUUUGAGAAUGAGAUCUCAUGCAUUCACAUACCUACAAAGCAGUCAGAUUUUCUCGUAGUGGGGUUUUGGAUGCCUGCAUCACUAGCAUUACUACGAAUAGCAGACCUUGAGACCAUGAAGGAGGAACAUCUAGCCGUAUUCGAAGGAUCCGUCCCAAGAUCGGUCAUGGUUGCGAACAUGGAAGGAGACGGUCCCUCCUCGCUCUUCGUUGGAAUGGCGGACGGGGAAGUCAUAUCCUAUACAAUUACCGAAGGGCCAGGCAUUCUCGAUGACCAGAAGCGGAUACGGCUUGGAACCCAAACAGUCACGUUCGAAGCCUUACCCCGAAAAACCGGAGACGAUUCAUCCUGUGUUAUUGCCACUGGCGAACGCCCAACAAUGGUAUACGGUGAAGAAGGCAGAACCGUCUAUUCCGCAAUCACCUUGAACCAGGCCUCAUCGGUUGUUGCAUUUAACGCGGAAGCGUUCCCAGACACCGUGGUCGUCGCAACAGACGAGAGUGUAUUUAUAGCAAAAAUCGACGAGGCCCGGACUACACACACGCGGAUGUCACCACUUUGCCAGUUUGCGCGAAGAGUAGCUUUCUCCAAAGAAAAGAAGGCAUACGGUGUUGCUACGAUUCGGAACUCUAUAGAUACAACCACUGGUAUGGAAUCGAGCAGUUGUUAUAUCCAUGUCAUCGACGAAAACUUCUACGAUAAAAUCGAUGCUUACGAAUUGUACCCGAACGAGCUUGUCGAGAGCUUAUUGUGUGCCUCCCUCGCAAACCCGGAUGGUACAAUUUCGGAAAAGUUUGUAGUGGGAACAGCGAUUGGCAAUGAUUCCGAUGAGAGUGAACAUGGAAGGCUACUCUUUCUUGAGCUUGGGGCAGAUAAGAUGCUUAGAUUGAUCACAGAACUAGAGCUCCCAGGAGCUUGCCAUUCACUUGCAAUAGUGAAGGGCUAUAUUCUAGCGGGUCUCAGCAAAAGUAUUGAUCUCUAUCGAUUUUCGUACACGAGGGGGUCACUGGGUGCUUCAAUUCAACAGAUAUCUUCAAUUCGAGCAGCCACCCUCCCAGUGAGUUUAUCCGUCUAUGGUAAGAGGGUUUUCGUGGGCGAUUUGGUCAAAGGCGUCAUGGUGCUUGAAGUUGUCGAAGGGGGCGGAGAAGGAAACGAUAAACUUGUAGAAGUCUGCCGACAGUAUGGCGUCAGUUGGGUAACUGCUUUAGAAGCCCUCGAUGAAGACACAUGCAUAUCGGCAGAUUCCGACGGGAACCUGGUGCUAUUGCGUAGGGAAUCGACUGGAGCCACGGACGAGGAUACUAGGCGAAUGCGUCCGCUGAGCGAAAUACGACUUGGGGAAAUGGUCAAUUGUAUUCGCAGGGUUAACGACCCUAUUACACAGGGAUAUGUUGUCCAGCCAAAGGCAUACCUGGGCACUGUUGAUGGAGGGCUGUUCAUGUUAGGCUUGAUACAUCCGGAUUAUUUUGACAUAUUGAUGAAGUGUCAGGUGAACAUGGCAAAGGUUAUCAAGGGAAUCGGUGACUUGGAUUUCAAUAGGUACCGAGCAUACAAUACCAAAGGCAUACAACCAGAGGAGCCGUUUAGGUUUGUUGAUGGUGAACUUGUUGAGAAGUUCUUAGAUCUCGACGAAGAUGCAAUGAGGAUGGUUAUUGAUGGAGCAAACGAUGACGAUAAUUCACAGAUCGAAUGCACAGUUGGUGAGAUGAAGAACAUCGUGGAAACCUUGAAGCGACUCCACUGA